CAUGUUCCAUACUGACAUAUUUUCAGUGCCUGUUGGAUGAUGAAUGUACUAUGUUUAACACUUUAUCACAUAGUAAACAUUGUUGUCUAUCUAACAUCUACAGACUGGCAGAAGGACGAUGUGGUCACCCUCAACCUCGAAGAGGUACCGCAGCAGGCCCCAGAGCAGGUGCUCGGGGAAGAGGUGAUGGCCGAGGAAGAGCAGGUGGCAGAGGGAGAGGAGGUGAUGGCCGAGGAAGAGCAGGUGGCAGAGGGAGAGGAGGUGAUGGCCGAGGAAGAGCAGGUGGCAGAGGGAGAGGAGGUGAUGGCCGAGGAAGAGCAGGUGGCAGAGGGAGAGGAGGUGGUGACCGAGGAAGAGCAGGUGGCAGAGGGAGAGGAGGUGGUGACCGAGGAAGAGCAGGUGGCAGAGGAAGUGGAAGAGGCGGUGGUUGAAGUUGAAGAAGGGGAGCAGGAGAAGGAAGUGGUGCAGAUGCAGGAGAAAGCAGAGGAGAGACAAGGCAAAAGAAGAGUUGCCGGCCUGGUGAGAAAACAACGAGCGUGCCAGUACCACCAGGCCGAAACAUACCCCAUUGCUGGGGUUUUGAAAGAAAGAACAAGGAGGGGAGUGUUCCAAAGACUUCUGAAAUGGGAACCAUGCCCAGAAUGCGGGAAGGAUUUCGCUCCAACCUGGCAGACAGUUUAAGGUAAUUAUGUUGCAUGUUUCAUUGAUGUUACAUCUACAGUAUCCAAGGCUUUGAACCAGAUUUUUUUUCUUUACUACUUACACUAUGUAUGUACAUGUCACUAUGUAUGUACGAGUACAACUUGAAAACUAAACUAAAAAUAAACCUCAACAUCAAUCACAGUCAUUUAAAGGGACAUAAUUAACCAUUAUCAACUGGUCACAAUUAAUUUUGUUUACAGUUUUGUUUCAAAUGUUGAGAAAUGAAACUGGUGCUCCUCUUCCUGCAAAAUGGCAACGUUUAAAAUGUGUGAAAUAGUAGCAGUGUGUUGAGUAACAGCUCUAAGUGCACUUAAUGGCUGAAAGCGACCGGGUGUCAUAACAACCUUACUUGCAAAUGGGUGAGCGACUUGCAAAUUACUGUGUUGACAUGAAUGGCCCAGCUACACCAGUAUUUUCCAGCGGAAAAGGCCAGAUUCCCUGCUGUCAUGUUGCUGUCUCCACAUAUAUAUUCACAUGCAAUUGUGGUACAAAUUAACAAUUAUAGAUUUGGUAGAAAUGAAAAACUACAGAGCUGUCUAAUGUUUACAAUUCUCUCUCUCAGUGACCUCAAAGCUCCCCAGCACUCGCCAUGAAGGGAGGCACCAUGACGCUGGCCUGAUUAUCAUCGACAUUCAAAUCUAUUUCCAGAAUUCAUGCUGCCCUUUCACUAAUGUUACCUUUUUCAUGAGUACACAACCACCAUCAAAUUCUAAGUAUUCAUUAUGACUGGAAAAAUUGCACUUUUCAUACAUGAAAAAGGGAUCUUCAACAUAGUCCGCCAUUUUGAAUUUCCAAAAAUAGCCACUUUCAGCUGCAAAAAUGACUGCACUCGGACCAUACUAGAAAAUAUUUGUUUAUUACUUAGUACACUUUCAUGUAAAGACCAAAUUUGGCAAUAUGCAGCCCAGUUUCAAUGAGCAGCAUAGUUGCAGUACCUUUUUUGACCAUUUCCUGCACAGUGUCCCUUUAACAUUUACCAAGUACUUUACUCCAGACCUGAUUCACAAGGAGGGCUCAGUCUGGCUACCGUGAGGCACAUUUUAGUUGUUUUUGUGUUGAUUUCUUUUGUUUUUAUUACUAUCAUUAUAGUGUUAUUAUUAUUAUUAUUCAAAGCUUAUUUGUUUUUUUGUGUGUGAUUUUUUUAAACAAUGCACCUGCCCCCCAAAAUCUGUGCACGCGCAUGUGUGUGUGUGUGUGUGUGUGUGUGUGUGUGUGUGUGUGUAAGGCACAUUUUAGUUGUUUUUGUGUUGAUUUCUUUUGUUUUUAUUACUAUCAUUAUAGUGUUAUUAUUAUUAUUAUUCAAAGCUUAUUUGUUUUUUUGUGUGUGUUUUUUUUAAACAAUGCACCUGCCCCCCAAAAUCUGUGCACGCG